CGCUGCUCAGAGGUGAAGGUAAACAACAAACCGUCAUGCUCCUGUGUCGUCUCUCCUGUCUGCGGGCUCCGCUGGGCCUGCGCUGUGCUGUCCCUCAGGGGCCCCGAGCUCUGAUCAGGAGCCCCGCACUGAUGAUGAGGCCCCAGCAGCAGGGUUUCUCCAGCAAGGUCAGGCUGGGGCUCCGCAGGGCCAAAACCCCUAAAGAGCAGCUGCAGGACGCCGCGCUCCAGAACACACACACCGCCAGCAGAGUUGACAGUAUGGGUCGGGUUCUGCUGGCGGGCGGUGCAGCGGUGGGUUUGGGCGCUCUGUGUUAUUACGGUCUCGGCAUGUCCAGUGAGAUCGGGGCCAUCGAGAAGGCAACCAUCAACAUCUUCAUGCGUCUGGUGAUGAUCCUGUCCGGCGCCGGGAGCAGGAGGAAGUGACCCGCAGAGAUGCCGCACACAUCAGCCAAUCAGCCGCUCGAGAUGAUCAUCAGUUCUGUUCAGAGUUAGGGUUCUGCUCCGCUGAGCUGCGGGUCAGAUGAACACACACACACACACACACACACCAGUUGCUCUCUUUACUCUAGUUCAGUGUAUUUAUGUCAGCUCUGCCAGCGCGAGGAUGCUGUAAUGCUGCUCUUACACACACACACACACACACACACACACACACACACACACACACACACCCACAUACAAACACGCACAUACACACACAGAUGCUGAACACUCAAUAAACCUCCGUCUUGCACUAGA